UAGAAGCGGUUACUUUGGUAUCGAGUCACAGAUGCCAGAAAGUAUGGCCUCCCUCAAGAAACCUCAGACUAGCUCAAGGUUGCCCUUGGCUUUAAACCCCCUGAAGAGCAAGGACGUGCUGGCAGUGCUGGCCGAGAGGAACCAGGCCGUAGUACCCGUGGGCGCGUGGGUGGAACCCGCCUCCCCGCAUAGCUCGGAAACCCCAGCCUAUACUUCAGCAUAUAUGAUUGAAAAAGAACUCAAGGAACAGCUAAGAAAAAAACAAGAAGCUUUGAAGCAUUUUCAGAGACAAGUCAAACACCGAGUAAAUCAACAAAUUAGGCUGAGAAGAGAACAACAGCUUCAGAAGUCUUACGAAGCAGCAGAAAAAGAGAGCUCUAUAGCUAUGCAUUCUUCAGAUCCAGCACACUUAACUCCUAAAAGAACAAGUGUUUUUCCAAACAAUUUGAAUGCUGCUAUUGGAAGUGCUAGGAUACCUUCUUCUCAGAUGCUUGGGGAUGGAAUAGAAGAUAGAGAGAAUCAGAAUCAAUUAUUCCAACAAGCCCAGGCUCUUAGUCAAACCAUGAAACAGGCGCGUCACCAGCUGGCAUCCUUUAAAACUGUUAGUGAAAAAAAUACAUCGGUGUUUCCAGAUGAUACAAGAAAGAGCUUCCCCACCCAAGAGAAACCUGACUCUGCGGAAUCUUCAUCUAUGAUAAUAGACAAGAAAGGGAGAGAAAAUUUGAUUUGGUCGGACCAACAGGAUCUGCUUUUGGAAGACAGGAACAAACCUUUCAGCAAAGUUCGGAAAAUACAGUUCAAAAAUCCAUUAUUUGCUGUGAUGAAGGAAGAAGAGCCAAAGAAGUUACAUCUUCAGGGCCUUCAGGAUAUUCUGCCAGAAACCCAGGAUUAUCUUCCCGAAGCGCAAGGUGAUUUGACAGGAGUCCAGAGUACUGAGCUGGAAACCCAGAAUGCUGAGCCACGUACCCAGGCUAUGGAGCCGGAAGGCCAGGCUGUUGAGCUUGAAGCCCAGGCAGUUAAGCCAGAAACCCAGGGUAUUGUGCUGGAAGCCCAGAGUGUUGAACUAGAAGAUGGAAGUAUUAAGUUGGAAGUCCAGGAUUUUCUAUCUCCAAAUCAGGCUUUUCCACCCAAAGACCAGAAUAUGCUACCCACAUGUCAGGACCAGAACUUUCGACUUAAUGACAAGAAUAUUCUACUCAAAUGUCAGGAUCAACAUUUUCUAUGCAAAGACCAACACAUUUUCCCCAAAGACCAGACUGUUCAAUCCAAAUGUCAGGACCAGGAUUUUAUACCAGAAUGUCCAGUUGAAGAUUUUAUGCCCAAAGACCAGCACAUUCUACUCAAAUUUCAAGAGCACCAUUUUCUACCCAAAGACCAGCAUGUUUUGUCCAAAGAACAGAAUAUUCUGCCCAAAUGUCAAGACCAGGACUUUCUACCCAGAUACCAGAACACGUUUCUCAAGCAGCCGCCAUACUUUAUGAGAGAAGAGAGAGAGAGGGACGAAUUGCCGCUGGAGAGCCAUCAUUAUGGGAACCCUCAGGCCCCCCCUGGAGACCAGAGCUUCUACCCUCAGCGGCAGCCGUCUGUCGGGACAGCGGAAAAGAAGAGAGAUCUGCGUCUGCACAGCCAUCAGUACCUCCCACGCAAGCACCGGCGAGAGACUUUGGGCAGAAGACAGGUUUAUGAUAAAUAUCAAUCAAGAUUGAACACUGAAUUCCAGACUCCACUGGCACUUCAGUUUGGAGUAGAUCAAGAAGAAGACAGGAGAGAGCGUCAGAAGCAGUACCUGAGAUAUAGACGACUUUUCAUGGAUAUUGAAAGAGAAAAAGUAAAAGAACAACAAAGGCAAAAAGAACAUAGAAGGAAAAUUGAAAAAAUUAAGAAAAAGAAAGAGCAGCAACGUUAUGCAGAAGAGCAGAGGAUACUAAGAAUGAACUUGCCUGAAGAACCAUGUUCGGGGGACAAGAUGAGCGAGAUGUUAGCCCAGCUACAGCUUGAGGAAGCAGAAGGAGCCAGACAAAAACAGCAACAAAAGGAAAAGGAAUACCAAAGAUAUGUAGAAGCCUUAAGGGCCCAGAUCCAAGAGAAAAUGCGGCUGUAUAAUAUCACCUUACCUCCGCUGUGCUGCUGUGGUCCUGACUUUUGGGAUGCUCACCCUGAUACCUGUGCCAACAAUUGUAUUUUCUAUAAAAAUCACAGAGCAUAUACCCGGGCACUACAUUCAGUCAUCAACUCCUGUGAUAUCCCUGAGGGGAACUCAGCUCUUCGGGUCGCCAUUCAUAAUUUUGCUUCUGCACACAGACGGACUUUGAAAAAUGUGUAAUAAGAGUCUGAAAUCAACUGCUGAUAUUUGAGCCCUUACUUAAAAUCAACUCUGAGAGAUUAUUUAGGAAAAGCUGUGAAAGUGUAUAAAAUGCAUCAUCUGGGAAGACUGUCCCACGUAACAGGCCUCGCUCUGUAAUUGGAUCGAACCACUGUGUCAUUCUCCACUGUGGGACCAUGAUGGAGAGUUGACCUCCAACCUUGUCUCUUUGCUGUGAAACAUACGGAGUCUAUUGUCUUAAAAGUGAUCAGUCAGAUCAGGAAGGUUUCCCUUACUUUGCUCUGCUCUGGUCAGAAGAGAUCAUGAAAAAUCUUUGAGAUUAUCUCAUUUAUU